UGAACGCCCCAGUCAGAGAUGCGUUUGUGUCAUCGCUGGCAUGUUCACUCUAGCGCACUUGUUCCGCGGAUGUUGAGGAAGUCGUGGCACUUGGAUGAUAUCAUCCGCUCUUGAUGUAGUACCGAGAGAAAACGAGUCAAAUGCCGCGCUGCUAUGGACGCGUUCGGAGUAUCGCACGCGGAUCCGCUCGAUGACUAUGAGCUGAUACACCGCAUAGGCAGCGGGACAUAUGGAGAUGUGUUUAAGGCCCGUAGCAUUAAGACCUCAGUCAUCGCAGCUAUUAAAGUGGUCAAACUGGACCCUGGUGAUGACAUCUCAAGCAUUCAACAUGAAAUAACUAUGAUGAAGGAUUGCACUCAUAAAAACAUUGUGGCCUAUUUCGGCAGCUACCUCAGAAAUAACAAGUUAUGGAUCUGCAUGGAAUUCUGUGGAGGAGGAUCAUUGCAGGAUAUUUAUCAUGUCACUGGUCCUCUGAAAGAGAGACAGAUAGCUUAUGUGAGCAGAGAGACGCUUCAGGGACUACAUCAUCUCCAUGAAGCGGGAAAAAUGCAUAGAGACGUAAAAGGUGCUAACAUCCUUUUGACAGAGCGAGGAGAUGUCAAACUAGCGGAUUUUGGAGUGGCAGCUGAGAUCAACGCAUCUGUUGCUAAGAGAAAGUCCUUUAUCGGGACACCAUACUGGAUGGCCCCAGAGGUUGCGGCAGUGGAAAGGAAAGGGGGUUAUAACCAGCUGUGUGACAUCUGGGCAGUGGGUAUCACAGCUAUUGAACUAGCAGAGCUGCAGCCGCCUAUGUUUGACCUACACCCCAUGAGAGCUUUGAUGCUGAUGUCCAAGAGCAGUUUUCAGCCUCCCAAACUCAAAGACAAGAACAAAUGGUCCACAGAAUUUCACAACUUCAUCAAAAUGGCGCUUACGAAGAGCCCUCGGAAAAGGCCGACAGCAGAAAAACUCUUACAGCAUGCUUUUGUCACGCAGCUCCUCACGCGUAACCUUGUUAUAGAGCUGCUGGAUGCCAUCAAUAACCCUGAUCUGCAACAGACACACACUAUGGAUGAGAGUGACCUGGAGACGUGCAGUGUCCUACCUGAUAAGAUUCAUUCCCUAGCGAAACUUCCCAUUCAGAGAACUCAGUCUGAAGAGCAAUGUGAGUCAAGAGAAGUUUCUAAUAAUGGGGCGUAUGAUGGCUGGAGCGCUAUCAGUGAAGACAAGGACUCACCGAGUUUGUUAGAGUGUGUGGAAGAGGCCUUGAUGGAAAGGAGUUUGACUAUAAAGAGAGGCUCUUCAGCUGAGCACUCACUGGAUGAAGAGGAUAAAUAUGGGACUGUGAAGAAAGUGGUCUCUUCUCCCCAAUCAACAACGGUCACCAAUCAAUUUGUCUCCUCGCCUCUUAUUGGCUCUGCGCCUCUGAAGGGCCCCCCCUCCGACACUAACCCUGCCCUACUCAAUGAAUCCGCUUUGCUGAUUGGUUCAACACUGUCUGACCUGUCACUCCUCACAAACUCUUCCCUCUUCACAGACUCCUCCUUCCUCAGUCAUUCCACCAGUCUAGGUUCCCUUUGCUCAACACCAACUGAAGGUUUGAUAGCAGAGAGCUCUGUUGCUCCAGACCCAGGAAGAACCAGGAGUAAUUUCCCGCCACAUGACCCCCCCCUCUCCCCAGAAUGGAGUACUCUCAGAAGGAAACCAGACAACUCGAAGGUUGUCCAUGGACUGCCACCUACACCACAAGUACAUAUGGGGGCCUGCUUCUCUAAAGUAUUCAAUGGCUGUCCGUUAAAGACUCAAUGUGCUGUUACAUGGGUUCUACCAAAGACCAGAGAUCAAUACCUUAUGCUGGGUGCUGAGGAGGGCAUCUACACUCUCAACCUCAAUGAGCUCCAUGAGGACACCAUUGAAAAGUUGCUUUCUCAGAAAUGCAGUUGGUUGUACGUGAUGAACAAUGUCCUUAUGUCCGUCUCAGGAAAGUCAUCACAGUUGAUUUCUCAUAGUCUGCCAGCACUUUUUGAGUACCGCAGGAAUAUGCAGCGUAGACAGGGGCAUCUCGCGAUUAAUGCACACCGCUUGAGCACAAAGAUAAAUGCAAGGAAGUACGCCAUGUCAGUAAAGAUCCCAGACACGAAGGGCUGUAGAAGAUGCAGUGUGGUUCGAAACCCCUACACUGACAGCGUUUUCCUUUGUGCUGCUGUUCCCACUGGUUUGGUUCUUCUAAUGUGGUAUGAACCUCUGCAGAAGUUCAUGCAGCUCAAGCACAUUGCUCUGAAUCUGCCAGAGUCUCUGCCCAUCUUUGAGCUGCUCGUAAAUGAAACAGAAGAGCUACCACAGGUCUGUGUGGGGGUGAGAAGCCGUCCAUGCCAAAAAGACAACACUGGACAGAUGCACUUUGACAUCAUCCACCUGGAUGACAUGCCGCAAAGUCUGCCAGAUGGGGAGUCUCAGGAGGUCAAGCAAGUGAUUCAGCUUGACAAGGACACCGUUCUCAUUGCACUGAAAAACACAGUGAAGGUUGUGACUCUACAGGGAUGUGUGAGCCAUCAGAAGACUUCUGAACUUGCAUUUGAGUUUCCCAUUCAGACGCUGGUGUGUCUACAGGACAGUGUCCUUGCCUUCUGGAAGCACGGUCUGAAAGGAAGGAGUUUACAAACUAAUGAGGUUACCCAGGAGAUCACAGACAGAAGUCGGGUUUUUCAGGUUUUGGGAACAACUAGGGAUAUUAUCUUGCAAAGUACUCCUACGGAUGAUCUGUCUGCCAUGAGCAACUUGUACAUCCUCACGGGGCAUGAAAGCAGCUACUGAUGGGCCUGAGACGCUGAGAAUCUUCAGCGAUAGCUGGAAACACUACAGAGGUUGAUGAAAGGGCUUCCCUGCUGAAAGGGUAGAGAGUCAUCAGGCCCAAAAAGCUCCAGGAACAGAGGAAAGUAUGAUGGAGUCACGUACACACAGUUCUCCAGAGCCUUUGAGGACAGGAGGCGGAACUGGAGCUGAUUUGGAGGAGGGAAGGUGACCUGUGGACUUGCAUUAGACCUACUAGGUUUGAAAUAACUUGUUAUGGGUCAGUGACUAAACAAAUGAGGUGUUCUAUUUAAUACUAGACAGUCUGUUGUAUUUCUUGUUUUGAGAAAUAGAUCUACAUGUUUUAGUGCAGUCGUUCAAAAAUGAUCUUCCAUUGGCCAGUAAAUUAGUUGAUAAUUUUGUAAACCAUUGUACUGUAAACCCCACAAAAACCCAAAACUGUGAAAUAAAUAAAUGUAAAUGACAAGGAUCAUUUGAUGAAUAGUAUAUUACUGCCCGGUUUU